CACUGAUGGAUAAACUAAUGAACUCACACAACUUACUAGGCUCUGGAAGAAAGGCUGUGACAGUUGUUGACUCCAAAGCUUAACCCUGGAGCUACCAGGAAUGUCAGAACUCGGAAAAAACUCCACUACAGAUUCAUCAGCACAAAGACAUGGAUUGAAGUUGAAUCUGGGGACUUUCAUGCCCUAUCUGGGACUGGGAACUGCAAAGCUCAAAGCUGAACAGAUGCUGCAAGUCUUCACUGCUGCUAUUGACGCUGGAUAUAGACACUUUGACUGUGCUUCCAUAUAUGGGAAUGAGAAAGACGUAGGUGUGGCCCUGAAGAAGAUAACUGACAGUACUGUCCGACGAGAGGAACUUUUCAUGACCUCAAAAUUGUGGAAUUCCCAUCACCAUCCAGACGAUGUCAGGCCUGCCCUCUUGAGGACCCUGAAGGAACUGCAGCUGGACUACUUGGACCUUUACCUCAUACACUGGCCCAUGGGAUAUGUGAAAAGUCAAGAUUACCUCAGGGAACAUCAAGAAGGGACGGUGAAACAUUCAGAGGACCACUACUCAGACACAUGGCAGGCCAUGGAGACCCUGGUGGAAGAAGGACUUGUACGUGAGAUUGGCCUGUCAAACUUCAACAGUAGGCAGAUCUCAGAGAUCCUUACUGUGGCCAGGAUAAAGCCAUCAGUUUUGCAGAUUGAGUCCCAUCCUUACUUGCCACAACAUGAACUCAUUGACUUCUGCAGACGACAUGACAUAGUUGUUACAGCGUAUGGUCCACUGGGGUCACGCGAGUACCGCUUUCGGAACUCAGAUGUACCAUCCUUGUUGGAAGACUCCAGAGUUGUGGCGAUAGCAGAAAGACACAAGAAAACCCCAGCUCAAGUCCUCAUUCGUUUCCACAUCCAACGAGGUGUAGUCGUAAUUCCGAAGAGCGCCACGCCCUUGAGGAUACGCGAGAAUUCUCAAGUUUUUGAUUGGCUUCUGACUGAUGAAGAUAUGGAAGUUCUCGGGAACUUUGAGCCUACCUGGAGGAUUAUUUGGUACCACAGGGAUGCGAAACACCCCCUCUAUCCGUUUCACCAGCCUUUUUGAAUGCAAAGACAAUUUUGCCAACAUCUCGAUACAAAAGGAAUUUUAAUGUCAGAAAGCAGCAAGCAAUAAUCAUAUCCACUUCUGCCAAGUAAAUUAUGUUUGCAUCAGUAUGAUUUUUUGGGUGUGAAACAUUAUAACGGUUACCAAAGAAGUGAAUGAAAUUUUGGACAAAUGUGGAUUCAGCUUCUGAUUCAGAAAUUAUGAUAAGAAUUCUUCUAAUUACAGUCAAACCUGUUCAAGCCGGCCACCCAGGGGACCAAAGAAAAGUGGCCACCUUGGACAGGUGGUCUCCU